UUUUGCUUUUCUGUAGUCCUUUAUCAUGGUAAUAAACUGUAUAGCAAUACAACUUGGGUGCUCAUUGACGAUGGAUUUGUACAGUUAAUGACAGGUUUAGUAUCAAGUUUUGGUCUAUGCCUGGUGACCUAUGAACGUUAUAUCGGAAUAGUGCAUCCACUGCACUACCCAAGAAGGAUCACUCUAAAAAAAAUCCAAGCCACUCUCGAGACAAAUGCUCAACAACUCCAACAACAGAAUGUACAAGGAGCAGCCAUUGAGCUUUUACAAGCAAGAGAAAAGGUGAUUAACACGCUACGGAUUGUCAUGGUUGUACUGUUGGUUUUGUGGACACCAUCAGCAAUAUGGAUGACGAUCUGCUCAUUAUCUGUAGAUAAGAAGCUGGGAUUGACUCUAACUGGUUACCUGUUCCCCAUCAUAUUUAUGUGUUGGGCUUACUACAAGAUCCAAGCCACUCUCAAGAGAGGUGCUCAACAACUCCAACAGCAGAAUGUACUAGGAGCAGCCCUUGAGCUUUUACAUGCAAGAAAGAAUGUGAUUCACAUGCUCAUGAUUGUCAUGGGUGCAUUAGUUGUUCUCAUGAACUCAGUGAUCAAUCCCAUCAUUUAUGUCUUCACAUACAAGAAGUUUCGGAAAGGUCUUCAAGACAUGCUGUGUUGUUGCAUUGGUCGACCUCUCAGGCCAAACCGCAUUGAAGUUCAGAUUGCUAUGAAUGAACACACUGCAUAG